GUAACAAGCCACCACAAAGACAUUCUAUCAAGACGUCUUCCAAAAUGCCGUCAUACAAACUGAUUUAUUUUCCCGUCAGGGCGAGAGGAGAAUUGAUUCGUCUUGUCUUUGCAGUUGCUGGUCAAAAACACGAAGAUGAAGUUAUCACCAUGGACGACUGGGCGUCUCUCAAACCAAAGAUGCCAACGGGUCAGCUUCCAGUACUGGAAGUGGACGGAAAGCAGCUGUCACAAAGUUCGGCCAUUGUCCACUAUCUAGCCAGGGAAUUCGAUAUGGCAGGUCACAGUAACCUGGAGCAGUGUCUGGUUACUCAGGUGGUGGAAACAGCCGCGGACGCUUUCAAUGAGUUUUACGAAAAUUACAAGUUGCAGGACGUGGAGAAAGACAAGGACAAAAAGGAGGAACUAAAAAAGGUAUUUGUUAAUGAAACUAUCCCAAAGUUUGCAAGAAUCUUCAGUACCUUUAUGGAAAAUAGUGGAGGUGAAAACGGGUACUUUGUUGGAUCUAAACUGACAAUUGCAGACUUGGCGUUCCAUGAUAUCUUUACAACGUUUAUCUAUUUAAAUGCGGACGCUUUGAAGGAUUUUCCCAAAUUGGCAGCAAAUCGCCAAAAAGUUGAAGAAAACGAUGAUCUGAAACAAUACUUAGACAAGCGCCCAGAGAGUUUACUAUAGAAUCCGGACCUCAAUUUAUACUACUCUCCAUUAACAGCAUUUUUUUAAAAAAAAUACACUAAUUGAACAUGAAUACAGCGAGAAUUUGGGACUGAUAAGCACUUGAUAACAAUGUUUUAUUUUAUGAAAUAUAAUGUGGAGAUCGGACAAAUAAACGUCAAUUUCUUUAUGUAAUGCGAAACCAGGUGAUGAAUUGUGCCUAAUAAUAA